GUAUUGUAAACUCAUUGGCCCAAACUGUUUUAUAAAAAGAACCCACAUAUAUAGGGCUUCGUUGAAACGGGUUUACCCAAUUCUCAUCUUCCGUAGCCAUGGUGAAGAACAGAAACAAGAAGAAGAAAAAUGGCGUUGCUCCAAUGGAUUGCAUUGACAAUAAGACGACCAAGGUCUCUCAAGUUAUCUCAGAUAUGGAUACUUCAGAGGCCGCUGCUCCGAUACCUUCUUCGACCGGCGUUCACAUAAAGGUCAAGAGUGUACAAAUGAAAAGGAUGAAGAGUGUCCGAAAGAAGAAAGCCAUUGCAAAAGCUGAAUCUAAAUUAGAGAAAAUGGAGGAAAAAGUCGCGAAGAGUGAAAACAAGUUAAAGAGAAUCCGAUUUGCCAAAAACCUAUAUGACUGAGACAUUAUUAUAUGUAGCUUUAAUCCCUUUGGCAUUUCCUUUUGCAGAUUGUCAAAUUCUUCACUCGUGUUGUAUAUUAAUUCUCUAUCCGAACACUUAUUUAUACCUUCUUUCAAUUAUAUUACACAUUUAUUUACUUAGUUAAUUCAGUGGUUGAAACAGGAUUCCAGUAGAUGAAUUGGUAUAAAACUAUAAAUCCAAAAUCUUCACCAUUUGGAGCACAACUUAUGUGGUUUAUAUAGACUGUCAUAACCUUUCAA